AAUGUGUUCAAGUGACUGGAAAAUCUCAACUGCGCCUUUUGAAACUUGCCCUCACUGCCAUCGCCUCAGUCCUUCCCCUGGCUUUUCCCCUGGUGGGUUUGGUCCUUGGGGUUGCUGCUGGAGCCAUACAUCAGAGCCGACGGCCCAAACUUCCGUUUUGCACUCUCCCACCGUUUGUUCUGUGCUUGGGCUGUAGUACCUAGAGCCUAGCAAACUGGCGUCAGAAACUAACGUCUAGUAUCUAGGGUCUAGUUCCCUAUUUAUAGGGUUGAACGGCAUUGUGCGUGGUGACGACGAGUAAGUCGCGGCGCAAUGGCGAUCGAUCCCGAUGAGAUCCAGGUGGGGCCGCAGGCCUCCAUCUUCGUCGUCCUCGCCACGCUAGGUCUGGGGGCCGGCGCGUGCACGCUUGGCAUCCUCGCUAUGGUGCUCCCCUCUUCCACGUACACGGUGCCUCCAGAGGCGAACAUCAGUCAGGUGCUGGAAUGCGGCUACCAGUCGAGCACCGCUACCCUGUUCGGGAUCAUAGGGGGGAUGCUGCUGGCGGCAGGAAUGGCUCUGAUAUCCGUGCUGGGGGGCUGCGUGUGCUGCGUCACCAUCCAGUACGCCCAUGGCCAGGCGCUCAAAGUCAGCAUCGUGUGCUACACGCUGGCAUGGGUGGCGUUCUUCAUAUCUGAGGUGUGCCUCAUGUCGGGGGGCUCGCUCAACAACUACCACAAGUCAGUCACCAACUAUCAGUACGACUAUCAGCUGCGCACCUGCUACCAGCUCAAGACAUCCACCUAUAUCGUGGGAGCAGUGAUGUCGAUAUUGACAGUGGUGUUUGCAGUGCUGUACUACGGGCAAGCGCAGAAGUCAAAGUACGAGGCGUGGGUGGAGCAGGGCGCGCCCACGCCCCGCCUCUACUCCCUCGAGACGAUGAAGAGCUUUGUCAUUGCUGGGCCGGCUCGGGCCGGGCCUCUCAAGUCUGAAGAUGAUGACGAUGACGAUGAUGAUGACUUGAGAGAGGAGGAAGAGGAGGACGAGGAGGAGUAUGAUGUGUUUGAGGAGGACGAAGAGGAUGACAGGCGGCCACUCAACCCCCGUAGGCAUGAUGACGACGAUGAUGAUGAUGAUGAUGAUGAGCAUGGGCGUGCUCACUAAGAGCAGGGUGUAUAGCGUAGUGGGUAUAGAGGUUGUAGAUAGUUGAUGUACCAUAAACGCCCGGAUAUAUGUCCCUAGGGUCUUUUUUCGUAUACUGGUGAAAAGGGAGGGUGGGUUGAGUAAGGAAACCUGAAAAUAAAUUACCCGGGACCUA